AUGGCGUUGCGUCGCGUGCGAAGCUUUGGGCUGCUGGCGCUGAUGGCGCUGGCGUCCGCGGCCUUCGUCGGCGGCCGGUGGACUGCGGUUGCACCACGAGCCGUCCGGCCUGGGCGCGGCGCGGCGCUCGACGAGGCCGAUCUGAACCCCGAGCAGCAAGCCUUACUGGAGCGCUUCCUAAGCAGCCAGGUCACUGACGAGGCGAAGCUCCGCAAGGAGCGCACGUUCCCCCUCUCCGAGGAGGAGUUGAUACGCCGGACCAAGAUCUACUUGGCGCUGAACCAGGAUGAGGUCGCGGUGCCCGAGCUUCUGGCCGAGGACUUCGUGUUCUGCGGGCCCAUCAUUGGUCCCUUGAAGAAGGCUCGGUACAUCGAGCAGUUCAAGAGCUUCAAAUUCCGUGAGGCGUUCCCCGAUAGGGUGAACGAGUGGCACGACUUUCGCGUCGACCCGUUUGAGGAGAACCGCGUUUGGUUCACCACCCGCGGCCGCGGAACAAACACUGGAGCGGCGCCGCCACUGAUCCCGGAGCCUACGGGAAAGGCUUUCGAGAAUCCGCCGCAGGCCUGCAGCGUUCGCUUCAAUGAGGCAGGUGAGGUGACGGAGUACACCAUCGGCUACGUCAUGGAUCGGCGCAUCGGUAACACGGGAGGCCUCGGUGGCCUCCUGGGGGUGCUCUACGCCGUUGGCAAGCCUUUCCCCUAUCCCGAGAGUCAACCUUACCAGCCAUCUUGGCAGAGGACGCUCUUCGAAAGCGCUGUCCAGGUCCUGGAGUCGCUCAUGAAGUAA